AUGGGCUUUGACACGCUGCUAAUAGGCCCGGUAACAGUCAACAGCCCCUAUGGUUACCACGGCUACUGGCCUCGCGGCUUCACCACGCCUCGUGCAGGAGGAGCGGGGGAGGAGGGAAAUCCACAGGCGGCCAUCAACCCCCAUCUCGGAACUCCCAAGGAGCUUAAAGCCCUGGUGGAUGCGGCUCAUGCCAUGGGCUUCCUGGUCAUGAUCGAUGUGGUACUCAACCACGUGGGGUGCCCUCAGGGUGGGGGGCCAUGUGACACGUGGCAGGAGGGGAUUCGUCCACCACCAUGGCUCAAUGACAGCUAUGCUCCCUUUAAUGAGAGCGUCUCCUUCCACCCGCCCUGCGAGGUGGAUUUCAGCCAAUACGACGCCGACAACUGGCAGCGCUGCUGGCUUGCCAGCCUCCCAGACUUCAACCAAUCGAAUCCCACCGUUGCCGCAGCACUCGUGAGGUCCACAGCCUAUCUCGUGCACACGUUCUCAUUCGACGCCAUACGAGUCGAUGCAGCACACCACAUGCCUCCCGAGUUCGUCCGCUCCCUCGCCUCCCACCUCGGAGUGCCAGCCUUUGCAGAGCUCUCCAUACCCUUGCUGCCGCUCCCGCACCGUCUGCUGGCAGGGAGAGCGUACACAAACCACGCUACAGCCGAGCUACAGCAGGCGCUACAGCUGACCAUGGUGAGGGCGUUCACAGGGGGCAACACGGGCAGUGAUGGGUUCACCCACAGCCCUGCUGCUGGCUACACUCUUGCGAGGGCCAUGGCUGCAGUUUUCGAGGGAGCGGGGAACGCGGACUUUCAGGGAAGCUUCCUCGACAACCAUGACUCGCCCCGCCUGCUGGGCUUGCUGCAUGGAGACCAGCUCCUGCUGCGCAAUGCGUUGGUGCUGCUGCUCACAUCUAGAGGCAUCCCCCUUGUCUACUCAGGCACAGAGCAGGUGGGAGUGGGUGGGUGGGUGGGCCUUCAUGGGAGGGCCCGACCCGCAGAACCGAGAGUCCCUCUGGCCCUUCCUCAACACUUGCACCCCUCUAUACCGCUUCCUACCCACUGUAAUUUUCUGGUCUUGUUCGUCUCCAUCCCCUCCUUUCCUCCCCCGCAGGCUUUCAUGGGAGGGCCGGACCCGCAGAACCGAGAAUCCCUCUGGCCCUUCCUCAACACGCACCACCGUCUCUACGGCUUCCUGGCUGCUGUCAUCCGCUUCAGACACAAGGUAACUUGA